AUGGCGGACCUAUUAAAGAAGGAUGCGGUUGCCGCCGCCCUGAUGGCCCACAAAGCAGCCUGGAAGGUCUUACGCAUGAUCAGCUCCUCUCUCCUGUCUUCUGCCUUCAGACAGGUGGAGAUGUCUCCUGUUACUACGGAGGAAGCAGAAGCCAAGGCUGCCACUGGAGCAUCCACGGAGGGCAUCUGCAAAGCUUGGUUUCAAGAUCUUGCUUUUAACCGAGACAACCUGGAGCUGAUCAAUAGAAAUAAAAUCCGUAAAGAUUUGGCAGAAAUGUAUGCUACAGCAUUAUUUACUGUUGAUUCGGAUUUCAAUCUUGACAGCCUUCCAGAUCAACUCGUUUGUUUUGCACAACAUUCAACCUUGAUCUCCCAUCUGAGCCCUGCAGAGGCCUUGAGCUUCAUUGCCCGGGUCAACCACCAUUGCAGUUCUUCCAACCCAUCUGCCUCUGACCGCCAGCUUGCUCAUAUGCUUGUGGCUCAAGUCAAGACAUUUGAUAAACAGACCUUGAUAGCUUUGGGGCAGCAGGCAAUGGGGCUCACCACGGGUCAGAUUUCAAAUCUAACAGCACAAGACCUAGUAGAUCACAAGGUUUUGGAAUCACUCGGCAAGGUCAAAGACUGGAACAGAGGACAAUUCCAGAUUCUGGUAAACAAGAUCCUGUUCAAUUACAAGCUAGACACAGUGGAGAAAUUUGAGCAUCUCGGUACCCUGGCAGAAGGCUUGCCGGGUAACAGUUUUGACACCAUGGCAGCCAGUUCCAUAGUUAAGCUGGCCAAGAAUGUGAGCUUUCAGAGAGCUUUCAGAAAAAGUCCCAAUCAUGUGAAGAAGGCCUUUGUCAGCAAGAUCCUCUCAAACUCCUCUCUUGAUGACAUCUUAAAUAAUGUUCCAGAUGAUUUAAUUGAAUUUGUUCCCAAUUCACUGCUGAUAUUUGGAGGCCAGAUUCCAGAUCUCCACAAAAUCAAUGAGAAACCGUGGUCGCCACAACAGGCAGCAGUCAUAUUUGGAGAUCUCUUCACCAGAAUUGAGAACUACACAAUGCUUUCUCCAUUCAUCUUGCAAGGCUUUCAGUGUGAUGUGGCAAGUAAAUUGAUGCCUGAGCAGCUCUCCUCCUUAGUCCAAGAAGUGAGAUGUAAGAAGGCCAAUUUGAGUGAAGAGCAGCUCUCCUGCAUGGCCCGACUUCUCAUCAAAAGCAACCUGACCACAAACCUCAGCAGCUACCCAGCAGGCGUUCUGCUUUUUUCCCCCAUUAGUAAAGUAGAACAUCAAAGCUGUGAAAUGUUUUACACUUUGGCUUCUCAAGGGAACCUAAGUUUAUUGGCCAAUGGAUCGUCCCAGCGGGCCAGACUUUUGGAGAAUGCGUUGCAUUGUUUUGUGAGUGAUGACUCUCUCUCCCUCCUUCUCUUUUCCUGGCUGACUUUGGUGUUCUAUAGAGCAGGCUCUCCAAACCGGGGUGUGCACAUCUCAAGAGGUGCACAAGAUGAUUCAUUGAAAUCAAGCAUGGCUCCCAACUUGGCAUUCAUCCAAAUGCAGGUUAAGGUAUUGAAAGAUAAGUGCUAA